AUGGAAAUUUUAAAAAGUUUUGACUCGGAUGACGACGUAGAAUUCGUCGAUACAUUCUUCAAUGUUGUGCAACACGUUCACGCCGAAGAAAGUUCGAAUGCAGCGCGUACAAGGGCGGUCGUCAAUCGUGAUCGCCAAGCCGCACAUGACUUAUUGGUACGUGAUUACUUUGCCGAUAAUUGUCUUUAUAAUGACGACUCGUUCGAACGUCGUUUUCGUCUGAAUAAGGCUAUAUUUUUACGUAUUAGUAAUGCUUUAGAAUCUCGUUAUGAUUUUUUCAAACAAAAACCCGACGCUAGAGGAAGAAUGGGUUUUAGUAGUAUACAAAAAUGUGCAGCUGCUCUUAGGUAUUUGGGAUACGGUAUAGCAUUUGAUGCAUCUGACGAAUACUUGAAAGUAUCCGAGAGGACCGCGGUUGAAUGUGUAGAUUGGUUUUCUGCAUGUGUUUAUGAGGUUUUUCACGAAGAAUAUUUGCGUAAACCUACUCAACGUGAUAUUGAGAGAUUAUAUUCGGCUCAUGAAGAGAGGCAUGGAUUUCCUGAAGCUGUUGCAUCUCAAGAUUUGUGGAUAUGGCAUGCCUUUUUUGGAGUAGCGGGGUCUAACAACGACCUUAAUGUUCUUGGUCAGUCUCCAUUUUUCAACGAUAUUUGGACCGGCAAAGCACCUGAUAUGACGUUCACGGUAAACGGGCACGCGUACAAAUAUGGUUACUACCUUGGUGAUGGGAUAUACCCGAAUUAUUCUACAUUGAUGAAGGCAUACUCAGUUCCUCGAAGUGAAAAAGCAAAAUUUUUUACAAAAAAACAGGAAUCAGUGAGAAAGGAUAUCGAGAGUGCAUUUGGAGUCCUUAAGCAAACAUGCCAUGUAGUGAAAUAUGUUACAUGA